AAAGCUCUUUCAUUUCUUUAUUUGAGAGAAAAUGGCAAUGGCUUCUCGUCCAAAACUCUACGCCGGCGACUUAGCUUCAUCUUUCAGCUUCUCCCGGUCUUUGCCAAACCCUAAGCUUUUCCCCUCUCCACGUGUCUACUUCGCCGCUCCGAAAAGCCGGCGGUUCCAAGUGUUGGCUUUCGCCGUCAAGCGGAGCCCUAAGCGUCUCAAAUACUCCACUCCUCGCUUCACCAAGGAGGAUGAGUUACUGUAUGUCGGAGUUGAUCCAUCAGGAGUUGAUAGCUGGAAAUUGGAGCCGGUCAUUGAUCUUCUGAAACAAGGAGCGGUUGGGGUCAUUCCUACUGACACUGUGUAUGCAAUAGUCUGUGACCCGAGAAACCACUCAGCCAUUGAUCGUCUUCGUAGAAUCAAGAAAAUCGAGUCUACAAAGCCCCUCACCAUCUUGUGUCACUCGUUCCAUGACAUUGAUCGAUUUACAACAGGCUUCCCUCGUGGUGAUUCCAAAGGUCAUGCAAAUAUCUUCCGAGCUGUUAAGCAAUGCUUACCUGGGCCUUAUACCUUCAUCCUAACUGCAACCAAAGAACUACCUAAGCAGUGUAUAGGGUUUGGGACGGCAAUUGCCAAAUACAAAUCUAGGAAAAAUGUGGGUGUUCGUAUGCCUGCUGAUGCCAUCUGUCAAGCGAUACUGGAGAAGAUGGAUACACCAUUGAUUUCCACAAGUUGCAAGUGCCCGAAGGAAAAUGAGUGGAUUUUGGAUCCAGUUGUUAUAGCUGAUACAUAUGGACCAGAGGGCCUUGAUUUUGUCAUUGAUGGUGGGUUAAGAGUGGCUGAUCCAUCAACUGUGGUUGACAUGACAGUGUUUCCUCCCAAGAUCAUACGACAAGGAAAGGGACCUCAAUUACACUGGAUGGUGGCUGAAGAUGACAAUGAAGAUGAAUAUGAAGAUGACAAUGAACCUGCUGAGACAGUGGAAAGCUCAUCUCCUCAACCACUCAGAAGAUAAUCAUUGUUGCUAAAUCCUGUGGACAACUAAGAUUAGGAUAUAUCAGAUUUCUUCGCACUGGGGUUGCACCUUUUGAUGCUCCUUGAGGAUGACCUGUAUGUUCUGUAAUUUUUGUAACUAAGUGAUGCAGGGAAUACUUAAAACAGUGUGACUGAUAUAGAAAAAAGAGCCAACAUUUUUUUGUUUUUUAGUUUUUGCCCUUUUGGUCAGGCUAACAGUGCCCUUUUGGUCAGGCUAACAGUGCAAGCCACUUGUCUGCACUGGCCUUUUAGCCAAUGAGAUUUGUAAGUAGGUCCGUCCGACCCUUCUCAGAUAAAUACAAUGAUAUUCAGCUGAA